AUGGCGUUCUUAGGUCUUCCCAAGAAAAAACCGCAGCAUCAUGGGCAGAGCAAAGGUCCAAAGUCCUAUCUCUAUUAUGCUCAGCGACGGAAACUGCAUGUUGAAAAUGGCCCAACACUCCCCCUGUACGCUCCGAGAACAAACCUGAGCGCAGCUUCUGUGCGCGGCAAGUGGCAUAGGUUUUGCGCCGAGUCUGACCAGGAUCCGGAUAUCCUGCUAAAGAACCUGACCUCAGCUGACGUCAAGUCUUGGUUCAACUGGAUCGAUGACAACUUCCGCGGUUCAAUCAAAGCUCAUGGGACACUCUCCAACUAUUGGAGGACUCUCAAGAGGCUGUAUUUUAUGAAAAAUAAGAAAAGUAUGCGUUCGUCAAUGGUCAAAGACUGUAUUAACUACAUGAACGAAGUCAGCAUGCGAAUGGGCCUACGCAGACUCCCGUUGCCCAAAGACACGGAAAACUCACUUGAUCUGCUCUGUUACCAGACCGCGCACCUCGUUCAUUGUAAAGCCGUUUUCCCUGAUGAGAAGCAGAGGCUCUAUCACAUGGCUAGCCUUAACUUGUCGAGCAUUACUGCCUGUCAAGCGGUUUCGUUAUUCAAUACAAGAUGUCAGGUCAACCUACACCCGGAUGGCAGCCCGGUCAUUCCCGGUAAAAUCGAGGCAGGCGACAAUGGAGCGCUAAAUUCUCCAACUCGUGGUCAAGGUGGUGAGACUCACUGUGACUCUGGCUAUGAGUCAAGCCGUAGUGGUCGCCUCAACAUCGAGGAAGAUGAUAUGCUCGACGAGAUAUCCAGCGACGGUUCUUCCGAUGACACAAUGAGCGAUAUGGGCUACAUGUCAGACUGUUCUAGUGUUAUCACAGAUGAUGGAUAUCUUGCUGGUGACGAUGACACAGGCACCAUUCUCUGGAGACACGUUGAGUUCUGCAUUGUCCGGAACCCUGUACCCGGCCGCCCAAAUAUCCUCGUUGCCAUUGUGACCCUCAUUCAUACAAAGGGAGAAGAUCAGAAGCCUCGAAUAAAGCGAUUUGUGAUCGAACAUGAAGAUAAUCUAAUCUUUGAUCUUCUGUCACAGCUUCUGUCACUAGCUUGGCACGAUGGUAUUUUUGCGCCCGACAUUCGGGACAUUGAGGACAUCUAUACCAAACAAAUCCCAUCACAUAGAAGGGGUAUGCAGUUGAAAAUCAAGAGAAAGUGGUUGGACGUUCCAAUCUUUCGUGAGCCGGAGCGGACUGACGACGAACAAUCCGGCCAAGAGAAAAACCUGACCCAAAAAGUCCUCCGACGUGGGGGUAUCAACGCUAUUAACAAUCGGGCGCCGGCCUCGGUUCGAGAUCAAGUUGCUGACCAUGAGUCCAAUGCCAUCAAAUACUACCUUAAUGAAAUGGUGGACUUUGACACAGCUGCUGCGUUUCAUCGGCGGGCCUCAAAUGAAACUGUGCAAAGAGAGCGUCUGCGUAAACGCUGCAGAAGACUUACAGAAGAGAUUCGCAAGCAGGGUUAUCGAAGAGUGAGCGACGCGGCGGGAACUGAACUCAGCAAGCAGAAGCGACAAGCGGAUGUAGAGCUGGCUAGGAAGCUGACUGAACUCCGACAAAAAGCAAAGAGUAAGAAUCGAAAGAGACAUUUUCGAUACAAAGAUACAGAGCUUUUUAACCAGCGGGAUGAAGACGGGCCUCAACCCCAGGAAAGUGAUCCUCAGCCUCAUUUUCCGCAUCACUAUCAGAUCCCAGAGCGAGCUGAGUUGGUGCAGUUGCUCUUCUACUCCCCUACGCCAACUACGGAAGAGGAACUUUACGAUCGCCGAUUGAGGUAUAUCCGUCUCCUGGUCCAAUGGCAGUAUCGCCAAGAGGCACCCCGUCAAGGGAAGCAGGCGGAAGCAACUGUAGCGCAACCCCAGCCGAUCCCAGCGUCUCCAUCCCUCGCCAUCAUUCCCGAGAGAUAUGACCCCUUGCAAUGCCCAUUUUGCUUGGCCAACACGGGUCUACCUCUCAGUACCCGUGAAAAACAGAAGAGCAAAAUCAACAAACUUUGGGAUCAUGUGGAAAACCUGCACCGAGCAGAGCUUGCUGCAUUUGGUACUGGUACUAAAUGGUGUGGAUUAUGUGGCAUGAGGAGCAUCAAUUACCUCCCGUUGAGCGUUCCGGAAUUCAAGAAUCAUACUGAAACAGUCCACGGAAUCCGGCUUUGA